CCUACCCUCAUCCCGCUAGUCCAUGUUCGCUCUCUGACAUGUGCUUCUGCAAAAUAUCCGCACCCGCCAGUGCAAUUGCUCCCUUAGGAUGUAGCCGGCUGAGCAAUAGCGCAUCGCGAAGCAGCAGAAGGGUUCGAAGUAGAGAGCGACGGCGGAGUUCCUUCCGCUGACUGUUCUACCCCUUCGUUUCAUGCAUACAUCAACAAAACAACUCUGCACAGCAUUUCGGCGGGCCCACUAUAUAAGAGAAGCGUCCAUCGCCGGAUAACUCACUCCUCAACCCUUCCCCCCAUAGGCAUCGAUAAGGACGACGGACGACUUCGACGGGGCGGCGACAUCGACCAGCAAGUAUGGAAUGCGAGCGGACGCAGACCCCGCCGCGUCGAGUGCGUCGUGUUCCCACUCAUAGGGUUAAAGGGCACGAUGGGCGUCGAGCGGGAUCAUCUGCGUCGGGUGCCCCCUGCGCCAGUCCCCGCCCUCAACAGGCUGGUGGGACGCUGUCUCGUACUUCCCCUCCGUCUCCAGCAACACCUCCAGGUCGCCAUCGCCAUCGCCGCCGCCAAAUGGCUUCGACAGCGAGCAUGGCAUGCGAGCGGGCGCGGACUCUUGCCUCCUCGGGUCCGCGCUGUCGAGCGCGUGCAUGCACGGGCGACGCGCGGCACCUCCGACACCCCCGACUCUGGGCGCUUUGGGCGUUGGUCAGCGCAUACGCCGCGACUUGACCCCGCCCCAAUGACGGCCUUCAAGGCCAGCCUCUUCGCCGUCAUUAUCUUUAUCUCCGCCGUCGGUUCGCCCGUCUUCGCUCACCGGUCCUCCUCGGUGUGACGGCUCAGUCGGGAGCCCUUGUGCGUUCGAAUCGCAGUCAUGUCUUCUACGUCGCGUCUCGCUCCUUCCUAUAUACGUAUUCUUCCCGAUAUGAUGGCUCUAUUGGGGUUGGAAGUCGCAGCAGCGCCUUCGAGAGGCGGUCUCGCGGUCUCGUCCCCUCUUCGUACUGUAGGAUUUGAGCUCUAUUAUGAUGAUGUUGAUUGUAUGCUACCAUUUCAUGCGGUACAACGAAGAAUAUCUGUGUG